AUGCAACAAACAUCAAACAAUUGUAUUUCACUUAAAGAAGGAGCCAAACAAAAACGUAGUAGUGUUCUUUUAACCAAAGAUACCAAAAUGCCAGAACUUCAAAAAAUAAAUCAAAAGAAUAUACCAAUAUUAUAUGUCCAAACUAAAACAACAAUAUUACAACCAAUUACAAUUUUAUAUAAUCAUGAUUCAAAUGAAACACUUGCAAGUAUUAAAAAUUGGUUAUCAGUAUUAGCAGAAAUAUUUAAAGCAAAUAUUGUAGCAUGGGAAUAUCCAGGAUAUACUAAAGGUUCUCAUUAUUCAGACGAAAAAACAGCAAAUCAUAUUGAGUAUGUUUGGAAAUUUAUUACUAAACAAUUACAUCAAUCUCCUAGUCGUAUUGUUCUUUAUGGAAAAGGAGCAGGAUGUGGACCAACACUUUAUCUUGCACAUAAAAUUCAAAAAUCAAUAAAACCUGAAAAAGAGAGAGGAAUAGUAAGAUUAGCAGGUAUUAUAUUAAUUAACGCCCAAGUAGAAAAAAAUUCAUUAUGCUUUUCUUGUGUUACUCUUCAACAAGUUAAAAAAAUUACCGCUCCAAUUAUUUUUAUUUCUUCAACAGCUUGUAAUAAUAGAGAAGAAUUAUUAAAACUAACUUCUUCUUUUCAAUUUACUAGAGGAAUUCAUUUUUUAAAAUCAGAUAGUUUAGAUUUUGAAGAUGAAAAAUUAGACGAAAUGUGUUAUCGAUUAAAUAAAUUUAUUAUCACUUUAUUUCCUGAAUAUAAAGACGUAUUUAAUGGAAAUGAAUUACAAAAAAGAAAACCAGCUGAAUUAUUUGUUGAUCCUAUUGAAACAGUUAGAAACUUUUUAAAACGAAUUGGAUUAGAACAAUUAACUGAACAAUUCAUUGGAUUUGGAUAUUUAAGUGUUGAAAAUAUAUUAUCAAUGGACCAAAUAGAUAUUGAUUCAUUUGGAUUUUCUCCAGAAAUAAGUAAAAAAUUAGCAGAAGAAAUUAAGAAAGAAAGGUUAAAUCAAUCAUCUAAUCAGUCAGAAUGCACUAUUCCUUUAACUUCAAAAUCAGCUGAAAUACCUGAUUUAAAGAAAAGUAAUGAGUCUAAGACAUAUCUGGAAGAAGGUAUUGACAAAAAUGACCUUCCAGAGAUUCCAAUUGAAGUAGUUCAAAUUGAAACAGAUUUAUUUGAAAAUAACCUUUCUUUUGAUAAAGAAGAAAAAAGUAAAGAAAAAGAGCCAAAAUGUAAUAAAAGUGAAAGAAUGAAAUUAAAAGAAAAAUAUCGACAAUCAUUACCAGAAGUUCCAGAUUAUAUUAGUAAUAUCAUAUCAUUAUCUCAAUCAUCAGAACCUUUUCAACAAAUUCAUCAAAAAAAAUUAGAACAAGUACCAAAAGUUCCAAUUAUCGAAAUUAAUUCUUCUAUUAAAGAAUUGUCUUCAAGGAGAUUUUCUAGUAGAAAAGCAAUUAGGUUAGAUCAAAAAACUAUUAAAAAAUUAAAUGAAAUAAGUACUUUACAAAUUCAAUUAUCUAUUAGUCAAGGAUCUGACCAACUCCCUGAUGAUAUAUCAUCUUCAUUUGAUAAACAAACAGAAAUAAGAAGGUCAUUUAGUUCUUCAAAUCCAAAUAAAAAUAUAAUGAAAUUGCCACAAUUUAUUAUCAGUGAUGAAGAAGCACCAACAAAACAAAGAAGUUUUUCAGUAGAUAUUAAACAAAAACAAACAAAAUAA